AUGAUGUGGGAUGAGUUCAGCAAUAUAGUAACCAAUGAGAUGCAUUUUAAGAUGGAUCAGCAUGUCAAUACUAUGGAUCUAGAUAUGUAUAGUGUUGAUCCUGAUCUUCCAUUUCUUAAGUUGAAUGCAGGAAUUGCAGUCAUCAAUCAAUGUUUUAUUUCAGAUGCCAAAGAUUGCCAGUUGUGUGAUUGGAUCUUGAAGAAGGUCAAACCUGAUACAGUAAAUGCAGUGCUUCAGAGAGCACAAGAUCAUUAUUUGAAAUUGUCAGACAGGCACCAAGGUAGUGAGCAGCACAUUUCUCCAUAA